GUUAAAGUUUAUCUACCUUAUAAUUUUGAGAACUUUAAAAUUAUUUUAAAUUACAUGACGUAUGACUCAAAAUCGACAAAUAACCAGGAAAUUCCCCAAAACAGGUCUGAGGAGACGACGAUAGAUGGCGACCUCGGAAUCUGGGAGUAAAAAUGAUGAAUCAUCACCUGACAGCGUGAAGAAAAAGAUAAUUCACCUGAUAGAUAGAUUUAAGCAAACAACUCGACUGACACCAUCUCAGACAGACAAAGCAAAGAGCCAGCAAUUGCCAAGUGUAAAAAAUAACUUGUUCAAUGACAUCUAUGACUUUAAUCAUCCAAAAAGAGGUGUUGCCAUUUUCAUCAUCAAUUCCUCAUUUCAUGAACAACCAAAGCGUCCGUUUGCUGGUGAAGAUAGUAAAAGGAUGAAAGAACUGUUUGAAUUGCUAGACUUUGAUGUAGUAUUGCUAGAAAAUAAAAGAAGUGUUGAUCUCUGGAAAAGUUUACAAGACAUCAAUCGUAAGGUAGAAGAGAAUUGUGAUUGUUUGGCAUGCGUGAUUAGUUCUCAUGGAGCAGAAAUACCAAUUACAUCCAGUAGCGAUACCUCACCACAGCCAAGACAUCAUGUACUCUUUACAGCAGACGGAAUUAUUCCUACUGAUAGAAUUCUUCAGUUGUUUGACGACGAUCAUUGUCCAAAUCUACAAGGAAAACCAAGAAUGUUUUUCAUUCAGGCUUGUAGGAGUGUUUUCAAUACAGAAAAUGAUACUGAAAGCGAAAUUGAUGAAGGGUUUACUAUAAACUUGGUACAAGAACAGGUUGGUGAUGGUAGGAUUCCUGUUAAAAUAGUGAAAAAGAAAAGAACCUUCCUUAAAAAAGGACAAAAAGGACAAGAAACUUUGGCUGAUACACAUGGCCGAUCUGAAGAGGAAGAAAUCAACCUGUCUAACUGUAAACAAAUCGCUCCUGUAGAUUUCUGUUUUAUCCCAUGCUACGAGGAUUACCUAGUUAUGUUUUCAAGUUCCUCAGAGAAGAUCGCAUGGUCUGAUUGCGGAAAAGGUGGAUGGCUUACCUUCUGUUUAUAUGAAGUGUUUAAACAUUUACUGGACACUGAGUAUUCAGUCAGCUUACUUCAUAUUCUUACUGAUGUUUGUGGGAAAAUGGCAAACGAAAUGGAAACCAGGACAUCGUCGAUACCUGCGUAUGAUAAAUCUAAAUCUGCAGCAACUAUAUAUCACAUGUUGACAAAAGAUAUCUUCUUAAAGCCAAUGGUUCACCAACUCGUUCCAUUACCCGGGCCUGUCUUAGAAUCCUCGGUUUGAUCUUUUAUCUGGUUGUUUUGGUUGUCCUGUGCAAUAUAAAUUUUUAUUUGAUUCAUUAAAAUCAAUUUAGGAAAAUUCAUAAAUUGUACAUCAUUAGAUCAUUUUUUGCGCGAGGCUGUAAAUAUUUUUUAUUUUAAAUUAGAAUUCAAAGGAACCGGGUUUGUGAUUAAGUUAAGUUUCUUGAAUGAUUUGAAACGAUAGAAGAGACUUUCUACCACUCCAUUUUAACUCAGAAUGAUAGUUAUCUCAUUGGUAAUCAUACCAUAUCUCCAUAUUUUUAUACAAGAUGUAUAACGUUUAUUUUUACCUCACCUUAAUACAGACUUAUACCACACCAGAAAAAUAUAUUCAAAUAGUGAUGUACCAAAUAAAAGAUAUCGAUUUCUUUUUUUACAUAAAAGCAACCGAAAGUCAAUUUGCUGUUCGAUUGUGUAUGAAAAAAUUUAGUCAAAAUAGGAAAAACUGGAAUAAAAAUGAUAUUAAUACUUAAUUUUGGUGAUAUUUAAAAGUAAGAAUAUAUUUUGAUUUUUGAUAAUCGUUCUCAUCUUCAGUACCAUACAGGGAUACAUGUAUGUUAUUAAUAUUUGUACUGCUUAUAGCUUUAACUUCCAUGUGUUUUCUGGAUUAUUACAGCAUUAUUUACUUAUUUAUUUUUACGGUUUCAUUGUCUCAUUUUUGUUUUUAUAAAAUACACGAUAUGUUUUUCGUUAUUUCAAUUAAUGUUGAUGGCAGCUCUUUGAAAAUUGCUAGUUUAUCUAUUGUUUUUACCCAUUGUAUAGACUCGUGUCUAUUGUCUUAGACUUUUUGCUGUUGUUUAUAGCGUUUGGAGUGCAAAUGUAGAUCUCAUGAGGUAAGUUAAGAAUAGUAAUGGUUUGGCCAUGUUUACUUUCAGUAUCAUACAGGGUUAUAUUUAUGUUAUUGAUAUUAGUACUGCAUCUAGUGUUAACUGAAUUAUACAGCAUUUUCUUAUCUAUGUAAAGGCAAAAAUGUCUCAGUUUUUAUAUAUAAUUUUAACGAGGUGGUUUUUGCCAUUUGGAUGCUUUUGUGUUUUUGUAGGGUAAAUAGUAAUGAUUGAAUAAUAAAACUACAAUAUCAAACAAAAUAAUUGUUUUGUAUGAAGUUCGACUGUUUCUACUUAUGAGCUGACUCGGUAAGAUGAAUAAUAAGAAGAUAUGGUAUGAUAGUCAAAAGUGACAACCAUCCACAAAAGAUGUAAACAAUUACCUUUCAUCGUAUUGCCUUUGACCAGAGGGUCAAAGAGCUUCCUUCAUCAUAUUGGUACUAAUCACAAAAAUAGAUAACAAAAUGACAAAAGACACAAAGCGCCGA